AUGCGUCUUUCAUCGACCAUCCUGGCCACGGCGGCCCUCCUAUCAUCUGCCAACGCCGCCCUCAAAGGCUUCAACUACGGCGCCCAAUUCGCCAAUGACCAGCCCAAGCGUCUCGUCGACUUCGAAUACGAAUUCAACGCGGCCAAACAACUCCCCGGCACCAACGGCUGGACCAGCGCCCGUCUAUACACCAUGAUCCAGCACGGCACACAAAACUCCAUCAUCGAAGCCAUCGAAGCCGCCAUCAACACCAAGACGACCCUCCUCCUCGGCAUGUGGUGCUCCGCCGGGCAAACCAACUUCAACAACGAAAUCACCGCCCUCAAAGCCGCAAUCGCCAAAUAUGGCACCGCCUUCACAGACCUCGUAGUCGGUAUCUCGGUCGGUAGCGAAGACCUCUACCGCAUCACGCCCACGGGCAUCGAAAACAAGUCGGGCCCGGGGGCCCAACCCCAAGAACUCGUCCGUUACAUCCAGCAAACGCGCGACGCCAUCCGCGGGACCCCGCUCCAAGGCAAGCCCAUCGGCCACGUCGACACAUGGACCGUCUACACCAACAGCUCCAACGCCGCCGUCAUCGACGCCCUCGACUUCGUCGGCAUGGACGCAUAUCCCUACUUUGAAUCUACACUCAGCAACAACGUCGGAAGCGGCAGCCAGCUCUUCUUCGACGCCUACCACAAAACACAAGCCGCGGCCAAGGGUAAGCCCGUCUGGGUCACUGAAACCGGUUGGCCCGUCUCAGGCAAACAGUCCGGUCAGGCCGUUGCUAGUCCCCAGAACGCCCGUAUCUACUGGGAAGAUGUAGUCUGCCAGCUUGUCAAGGAUAAUGUUCCGCUGUACUACUAUCUCCUUCAGGAUGUCCAGUGGGGUACCCCCUCGCCUUCUUUCGGCAUUAAGCCCGGUGGUGAUCUUAUGAGUGUUAAGCCGUUGUAUGAUCUUUCUUGCCCUGCGAAGAAGAACUAG